ACUACACAUCCCAGAAUUCAGUUCGGUUAAACAAUAUGGCUGCGUACUAUGGCACGAGCAGUAUUUGAUCACUCUGAGCUUUAGCAGCGAUGCUUCGUUUACUCCUAUUUCUGUCCCAUAUCACGGCUCAUGCGGCCUCCUCGGACACUAACGCUCAGCAGGAAGCCCCGAGGCCCGGUGAGAGUUAUCUCCUGUGGGUGUGGACCAACAGGCUGUACGUUUAUUCUGCCGCUGCGCUAGUUUUUGGGACCUGGUUCCUCCUGAAGGUGACGCAGCAGGAGAAACACACAGACUCUGCAGGUCCAAGCUGCACCUCCAACAGAGACCCAGAGGUUCACGUGUCGGGAGUUAAAGUUUUCUUCGGCUCACAGACGGGGACAGCAAAGGGCUUUGCUGAAGAGCUCUCAGAGGAGAUUGAGGCUUUAGGUAUAACCGCUGAGGUGGUCGACAUGAAGAACUACGACCCCGACGAUCGGCUUGCAGAUGAGUGUGUGGGCAGGUCUGUGUGUGUGUUUCUGGUGGCCACCUACACGGAUGGACGGCCCACGGAAAACGCUGAAUGGUUCUGCAAGUGGCUGGAAGAGGCAUCCACUGACUUCAGGUAUGGGAAGUCCUACCUGAAAGGCCUGAGGUACGCCGUGUUUGGCCUGGGAAACUCGGUCUACGUUGGUCAUUAUAACACGGUGGGUAAGAACGUUGACAAGUGGCUGUGGAUGCUGAGCGCAAAGCGAAUCUUAACAAGGGGGGAGGGCGACUGCAACGUGGUGAAGAGUCGCCACGGUAACGUUCAGGCAGACUUCCAGGCGUGGAAGGUCAACCUCCUGAGCCGUCUCCAGGCUCUGGCGAAAGGUGAGAAGAAGAGCUGCAGCGGGAAGUGCAAGGGCGGCAGUUCCUGCAAGGACAAGAACGAGGAGGUUACUUCACAGGAUGCCAGCGCCGAGGUGGAUCGGAUCGAAUCGAGCAGCGAAGAAGACGAGUCUGGAUUGGCCGACGAGAGGACCUCCGGUUCGGUGGUGGAUGUGGAGGACCUGGGCAACAUCAUGACCAGCGCCAAGAAGGCAAAGAGCAAAGCGGAGAACGACGAAGGCCAGAUGGUGAAGAUGAACGGAGGGAAGAAGACUGAAGACGACGGAGAAAGAAGAGAGAUGAUCACUCCUGCUCUAAGGGAAGCGCUGACUAAGCAAGGAUAUAAACUAAUCGGAAGUCACUCCGGAGUGAAGCUCUGCCGAUGGACUAAGUCGAUGCUGAGAGGAAGAGGAGGAUGCUACAAACACACUUUCUACGGGAUCGAGUCCCACCGCUGCAUGGAGACCACCCCCAGCCUUGCCUGCGCCAACAAGUGUGUCUUCUGCUGGAGACAUCACACCAACCCUGUGGGCACAGAGUGGCGCUGGAAAAUGGAUCCUGCUGAGAACAUCCUGCAGGAGUCUAUAGAGAAGCACCAGAACAUGAUCCGCCAGUUCAGAGGUGUCCCCGGAGUGAAGGCCGAGCGAUAUGAGGAAGGGCUGGAAGUCAAGCAUUGUGCCCUGUCCUUAGUGGGAGAGCCAAUCAUGUAUCCUGAAAUCAACACCUUUAUCCGCCUCCUCCACCGCCAUCGCAUCUCCAGCUUCCUGGUCACCAACGCUCAGUUCCCUGAGGAGAUCAGGAACCUGGAGCCGGUGACGCAGUUGUACGUCAGCGUGGACGCCAGCACCAAAGACAGCCUGAAGAAGAUCGACCGACCGCUCUUCAAGGACUUCUGGCCUCGCUUCCUGGACAGCCUCAGGGCUCUGGGUGAGAAGAGACAGAGGACGGUGUACAGGCUGACGCUGGUGAAGGCCUGGAACGUGGAGGAGAUGAUGGCGUACGCUGAGCUCAUCACUUUGGGACAGCCAGACUUCAUCGAAGUCAAGGGUGUGACGUACUGCGGGGAAAGCGCCGCCAGCAGCCUGACCAUGGCCAACGUCCCGUGGCACCAGGAGGUGGUCGCCUUCGUCCAGCAGCUAGCUGACAUGCUGCCUCGGUACGAGAUCGCCUGUGAGCACGAGCACUCCAACUGCCUGCUCAUUGCUCACACAAAGUUCAAGGUUGACGGGGAGUGGUGGACCUGGAUCGACUACGAGCGUUUUCAGGAGCUAGUUGUGGUUCACGAGGAGAGCGGGGGUCAGCGGACCUUCUCGGCCUCGGACUACAUGAGCCGGACUCCCAGCUGGGCUCUGUUCGGAGCGCAGGAGCAGGGCUUUGAUCCGGCCGACACGCGCUUUCAGCGCCGCAACAAAACCAAAGAUGUCUCCGGAUGCUGAAGCUGCAGACGCUGAGGCGUAGUUUCAGGACAACGUUUGGGUUGCAUGUGAGUUUCUUCUUCUUUAUGGUUUUAUUUGUGUCUUCGGUGUCACUUUCAACAUCUCCAACUGGUUUAUUUGGAGCAGAUUUAGAUUCAUUCUGUAUUUUUGUAAUCUGGAUUGUGUCAUCUGGUGUUUGUAAUCCCAGCUGCACAGAGAGCCUCGUUGUUCUGGGAUUUCAGCAUCACCACCGUUCUUCUCGUGCUCAUAAAAAUAAAUUCAGCCCAAAAUUUUCA